AUGGGAAGGCAUAAUUUUAACAAAGCCCGGAUCUCCUCCCUUGCGCCAUUCAUGGCGGUUUCACUUGAAGUUCCUCGAAGGCUACCGGUCAUCUUCAGCAACGAUAUUGAAGCGGACCCAGGCAUUGAGUAUUCUCUGAUUCUACCACGCAACGACCGGUCAACAGGCGAGAUCACGGGUAAUAGCAAUUCCUUCGAUGUCUUGAUGCUAUCCAAAGAGGGGGAGUACCAUGGGCCCUUUGUCGUUGAUCUGAUUCAUCCUGGCUGGCUUGAAUUGUAUCUCUCGGAGGAGUCUUGCGCUGGUCCCGAUUUCCCCACCUACCCGCAGUACACAUUUCACGUCGAUAUUUUCGGCGAAAUAGAGCAAGUCGUUGUACGCAGUCCUGCCGCCUCUGGAAGACCCGUAACUCGAGAAUGGAUCGUCCGCGAGAUGGCUAAAAGAGUCGUGUCUUCGUACACCCGGCUUGGGAAACGAAAGAAUAACUCGGAUUACCUCAAACACGUUUUGGAGAAGUAUUUUAUCGACCGCAUUCGACUGCUUGCGAUCACAUACAACUUCGAGUUAAACAUCCUGGUUCCAAUUCUUGGAUACAAGCCAGAGGAUCCCUGGUAG